GAUGAUAAUAAAAGGAAAGGGGCGGAGCCAGGUUGCUGCUCGUGAAAUCAAAGUUGGAGGAAGCGGGUAGAAGAGGCGAGAUUGUUUCACGCGCACUGGUCAAUGCAGAGCUUGGCGGGGGGAAAAACAGCAACGUGGGGCUUGGGAUUUUCUUGCUUUGAUCUGCAUGCAAGAAGAGGUCGGCAGGGCAAAGUAGACCAUCUGCUCCGCAUCCAGAAGUAUUAGUGGGAAUCGCGGCUGGGGUUCGUUUUCUUAAUAAUUGGGCCAUUUCUUUUUCUUCCGUUCCUAAAUAGAAAACUGAAGUGGCGGUGGGGGGAAUCCUGAAGUCAUUUUAAUAGAAGACGUCUAAAUUAACGAAGAAUUCGAGAGGGAAGAAGAAGUUCCAGCGAGAAACCGCCAAGAGGUUGCUUGUUUGGUUUGAAGGCGGGAGCGAAGAGACCCUGACCCAGUCCAGAAAAAGUGUCCAGCAAUUCCGUCUCCGGCUCUCGUGCCCAGACUGAAUUGCCCGAGGACCAUCAUGACUGAAAUAACGGAGAAGGAAAAUGACCCUCAGCACAGCUCGGCUCCACAACAGACUCCGGGCACCGUGCCCAGCCUCCAGGAAACAAAGCUACAGCGUUUCAAGCGCUCGCUUUCGCUCAAAACCAUUCUGCGGAGCAAGAGUGUCGAGAACUUUUUCCUGCGCUCCAACAGCGAGUUCAAGCUUCCCUCUGAUGUGCUGCUCAGCCCCCCAGAUUCUGUCCCACCCCCAUCCCCACCCCCAGCUUCCACCGAAGCAGAGCACUCCCCUCGGGUGACACACAAGCCACUGGUGCCCCUCAAGCCCAUGAAAACACACAGCUUCCAGGAGCACGUCUUCAAGAAGCACCACCCUUGCGAACUCUGCCACCAGCUUAUUGUAGGAAACUCGAAGCAAGGCCUGCGAUGCAAGACGUGCAAAGUUAGUGUGCACCUGUGGUGUUCAGAAGAAGUUUCCCAUCAGCAGUGUUCAGGCAAGACACAGGCAACCUCCUUCCGGCGCAAUCUCAGCUCUCCAAUGCUGGUGCAUGAACCACAGCCACAGCCAGCAACCACCAAGGAGUCUCCCCCUGCAGGCCCCAGCAGGAGAGUGGAUCCUGUUUAUGAGACCUUGCGUUAUGGCACUUCACUGGCCCAGAUGAAUCGCUCCAGUUUCAGCAGCACCUCGGAAUCUCCCACCAAGAGCCUGAAUGAGAAAGAUGAAGUAGCUGAGGACACAGAAUGUGGUGGGCAGACAACGGAGGAAAGCCAGGUCGAUAAUGUUUUCUCAGUGCCAGCAGAGAGUGAGUGCACUACAUCGGAGGAAAAGAGUCCAGGGCAGCAGGCAGCUCAGUGCUCUGCACGCAAAGAUGUCGCACCCAUGUACUCCUAUGUAUCUCUUUACAAGUUUCUGCCUCAGGAGAACAACGACCUACCCCUGAAGCCUGGAGAUCGAAUUAUGCUGGUAGAUGACUCCAAUGAGGACUGGUGGAAGGGAAAGAUGGGUGAUCGUAUGGGUUUCUUCCCAGCCAAUUUUGUCCAGCGAGUUCGUCCAGGUGAGACAGUAUGGAGAUGCUGCAAGACCUUUUAUGGCAACAAGGAGCAGGGACAGCUAAGCCUUAAGGAAAACCAGAUCUGUGUUGGUGUGGGGAAGACCAAGGAGAACGAAGAUUUCAUCAAGGUGACAAGUGGCAAAAAACGAGGGCUGGUGCCAGCUGACACACUAACAGAGAUCUGAAGACAGAAUGAGGGUGUGAAGCAAGAUGGAAAAAUGAAAAGAGAUGUCAAUCACAGGGCAAAAGCCGCUCUCUUAGCCCUGCCGUACUCCAGCCCAUCCCAUACCUGAGCACCUGGCUAAUCACUAUUUCAUGGAAUCUUCCAGAUGGAUUGUGGAUGGCUUUGGUUUGGGGGAAGGAAAGAAGGUUGGUGGGACUGACUUGAGUGCCCCUUUCUGUGUGCUGCUGCUUGUGGCCAGUUGGGACAGGAGAUCUGCUCAAGUCUUGUUUUGUAUUUCAUCCCACCCUCCUCAACUUGGGCACAGUUUUUGAAAGGUUGUCACUGACAGUUUUGUGACGUAGAGUGUGAGGGAGAUUUCCACAGCUGUAAUUCGCCAUCUUUUCCAGUAUGCUUUUUAAAGAUGGGCCACGCUUCCACGGCAACAGAGGUCAGUCAGUUGCAACUGGCCUUACCCUACAGGGCUUUUAAUCUUUUGGCAUACAGUUCCUUUCCCCCCUGCUCCACAUCCAGAGGUUCCCUAAUAAUUCUGUGUUGCAUGCGCACCACAUGUGGAAAUCUUGAAAGCCUUCUCCAGCCAAGGAGGCCACGUUGGUGUGUUGUGUCCGUUUGUGUGUUUGUGUGUGCGUGCGUGUGUUUAAACCUUCAGGGCUUUCGCUAUAUUUGUGUUAUGUGUGGCCAUUGCUCAGGGUUGGUACAACCAUCCUAUUGAAAAAAGAAGAAGCAGGACAAUUCCACAUGGCCUCUUGUUGGCCCUGUUACUAAAGGCUCUCGCCAUGGAUCCUAUCCUGCAGGUAGCACCUUAGGAGGCCACUCGUUUGGUGAUUUUUUCCCCUUGAUGUGAGAUGCUGCCCUGUUCUUGGCUUCCAGGACAUUCCUUGAACUCUGCUUGCCCCUCCAGGAUGUGGUGGCUUAUCCGCCAUACGGCUGACAGCAGCGUGGAUCAUUUCUCAGGGACUUUCCUCAGCCGGAUGCAUUUUUGAACUAAGCUGAGAAUGUUACCCACUGCGUUGCUCACACAAGGAAUUCAGAAACCCUGAUCAUCCUGUCUUUCCUGACCUUCCUGGCAUGCUUCCAGCAUCUUGUACUUUGUAGAUGUACUUUUAUCAGCAAACAAAACAAAAAAACAGUCCCAUCCAUUGAAGAGAGUUGUUUUAGGGCUUGCACAUCCGCAGAAUGGCUAAGCUAGUAUUUUCCUCACUGGAUAGAGUGGUUAAGAAAGGGACCUGUUUGUCAAAUCACAUGUGUCUGAGGCCCAAUUAAUUCAUGACAAAAGAACAUGGGUAAGGUGCUUGUCCAUGUAAACACUUGACAUAUACCCUACUGUGUUGAAAUUCACUUACCAUGUACACUGGGCCAUCUGCCCAUAGCACGCCAGCUGUGUGCCCACCCAGGCCAUUGAUCACUGUAAUACUACAUGCAAAUGGCCCAAUGCUUAUGGGAAGUGCAUUUAAACAUGAUGUAGCAUAUGUAGACAGGUACAGACUUUAUCCACACAAUGUAUAAGUCAACCUGAGGGAGAGCUUUUUCUCUGCUCUUACAAAGUGGCCUCAGCCUGACAGUAGCUUAAGCAAGCAGUAUUUCUUUGCUUUCAGGAAACCAAAGCCUGGAUCAAAAAUGUCUUCCUUGUGAUUGAUCCACUAGUCUUUUGCAUCUUCAGUCUGUUCCUUCUUCUACAACAGGCUUGUUAUACUGAGCAUGUUAUAAGGUAGAGAGCCCCCCUUCGGUUGGCCCACACCCACCACAAAUAACUCCCUGGAUACAGAAGUCCCUGUAUAGAUACUAGAGCAAGGCAAUGUUGCUUGAACUCUGGUACAUUUUUGCAAAGUGAGUGGAUUUUCUCCUACGUUUCAGAGUAGAAAGGAACAGCAGGUCAAAAAGCCAUUUUCAAGAGAUUAAAUGCAAGUUUUUGUUUCAGGAAACAGACUUCGGUUUUCAAAAGAAAUGCUCCAGAGAGAGGUGGAACAAUAUUAGAAUUUCUUAAGAACUAGAAUCAGAUUUUUCUUUCCCAGAACUGUGCAGGCACAGAAAAGAAAUGUCAGUAUUCUUAAACACCAGCUUUGUAAGGAGUUGCCUUAUACUGAGUGAGACCUUUGGUCAGUAUAGACCAGUGGCUCCCAAUCUGGGGGGCUCCAGAUGUUGCUGAACUACAGCUCCCAUCAUCCCCAGCCACAAUAAAUUGUAGCUGGGGCUGAUGGGAGUUGUAGUUCAGCAACAUCUGCAGCCUCUCAGAUUCGGAACCACUAGUAUAGACUAUAGAUAGUACCUCCGUGUUCUUCAUUGCAAGGCUCAGGAGCCAGUGGCAGUCCCCAUCAACUCUACGUGCAGUUCCCUGACUCAUUCUUCAUUAGGCCUGCGUGAAGCUUUAGCCAUUGCCAAAUACCCACACAGCCUCCCUAGAAUCACAUGGAGGUGACUGUUUCCAUGCUGCUGUGCUUUGCCAAAUGAUGAUAGGGCUCCUUUAAAGGAAACUGAGCCCUCUCAAGUUCCAGUGCCAUCUUGGAAAGUGUGCAAGGGACCCUGGUAAGUGUAGUCCUUCCCAGGGCUUUCACCAUAGUACUCUCUGAAGAAAGUGCUGAGAAGGUCUACACUUCCCAGUGCUCAUGCACAUCUUCCAGUAUGACCCUGGGGGCUCAAGAGGGCUCCAUUUUACUGGGGAAAGUGCAGCACUGUGUGGCAGGCAACAUAGUGGGAAAUGGUUCUCACCUUGAGUGGGGUGUUGUUUUUUGGGGUCAAAGUGGCCCCUGCUUGAAAUAUAGUGAAGAUCACUACAGUACAGGGCUAGCUGGCAGCAGUUCUUCGAGGUUUGUGGCAAAGGCCUUUCCCAGUUCUACCAUCUGAAGUCCUUUUUAAACUAUAGACACUGGAUUAAGCCUGGAACCCUCUAUAUUCAAAGCAUGUGCUAUGGCUCUUCCAUAAUAUCCGAUAUUUAAGAACUAACAGCCCAAUUCUGUGCAUGGCUGCUUGGAAGUAAAUCUUGCUAUAUUAAAUGAGGCUUACUCCCUAGCAAGUGUGCAUAGGGUUGCAGCCUUAGGCAACUAGGCAUGUAGAAUGUUUCCAUUUCUGAUUCCAAAUGUCACCAUUCUCUAUAUUAACCGUUCACAGUAAGGGUUGAAAUGUUGAUGAACUGAUUCCUGAGCCACUUUCACUGGUGUAAUUCACUCACAAAUUCCAUGAAGUAGGUAAUUUCACACUUGCAUCAGCAUCUUCCCCCAAAUUUAUUUAUUCCAAACUGCAGGGAAUGUUCAGUCACAAUUUACAUGCAGUUAUAAUUGCAAUAGUAUUUCUAUAGCAUUUGUGGACUUCAUCCAUAAAGCAAUGUUGCGAAGUAUAUUGUUUCUAUUUUGCAGAAAUAACUGGAAACCUGAGACUGAAACAGUAUGAGUUGUACAGUAUAUGACAAAGGGUGUGUGUGCGCGCCUGAAUAUUUCAGGUCCUAGUCCAAAACUCUAGACAGUAAAUCUCACCGGCACCUAUUAUUGUAGAGUUGGAUCUCUUUUGUUGGUCCCACUUUGGGGCUCUUGCAUGCUUCUAGCUUCUACCUUCAACAGACAUAAUUAAUGAAUUCCUCCCCCAGUGUGUGAAAAAGUAAAGGUAUUUUCACCAUCCCAUACACUGAAGCACUUCCAUCUUCUGAUGCGCAAAAAGACUUUCAAACAUGUGCUCAGACCCAAGCUGUGUGCUGUGUUGUGGCUUUCUUGUCAAGAGAAGAGCAGAAACGGCUGUAUGCACAUAUCCCUUCUGUAUCUUCAAAGCUGCUCCAUGGUGGUAGAUUUGCACAGAGAAUCUUCCCACCUAUACAGAAUUCCUCUAGAGCAGGGACUCUGAACCUUGGAUCUCCAGAUGUUGUUGGACUACAGUUUCCAUUAUCCCCAGCCACAAUAGCCAUUGCAAAUGGGGAUGAUGGAAGCUGUAGUCUAACAACAACUGGGAACCCAAAGAAGGAGGAGUUAAGAUGGCGACAAUGCAGUUGCUCCAGCCAAGUGCUCUGGCAUGUAUCUGCUGAUUUAAUGUCUUAUUUUAACUGGAGACCCAAGGUCCGGAACCCUUCCUCUAACAUAUCCUAGGAUACAAUUAUCCGAAGAACCACAGAGGAAAGAAGCAGCCCGUUUGGUCUGGUUCAUACAUGCAUGUUCAUUACUGGACUUCUGUAGCAUUAAGAGAUUACUUGCAUGAAUGGGUCAUCACAGAACCAAGUUGACACGUAUAACUUUCAUGUCACCUCAGAUGCAAUGCAAGUCAGUACACACAUUCAGUCACCAGUAGCCAAGUGUAGUGAAAUUAAGUGAUAGAUAUGUAUAUCUGAACCUAGCCCCUAGGCUGACAGGUUUACUGACAGUAUUAUGAUUGCUCACAGGGCUAGAAAAACACAACAAGGGUACAGAAUCUGUUCAAAACUCUAUGCCAGCAGGCAUAGGGAAGGAGAAGGAAGGGGGGAAAGUAUAGCAAAGACUGACAAUUCCUAAACCAAAAGUUUUGGGUGCACAGGUUCACUUACAGAAGUAGUCUUCUGCAUAUAAACGUUGCAUCAAUUUUUUUUAUCCACAUAGGUCUGUGAGUAGAUUAUUGUUACUCAUGCACUGAGAAUAUCUUGUCCAAACAGGAGGACCAUGCUGAUAACAUUUCAGCAGAGCCGCUUUCCCUUUUUAGUAUGUUGAACCACACCAUCUAUUUUCCAAAGUAAAAUGGAAUAAUACUCCAGUUGGGAAAAAUGCUCCUAGAAAAAUUGAGAUUCGUGAUUCAAGAUGUGAUGGGCGUUUUUGUUUUUCUUUUGUUUUGUUUUGUUUGAAUGUUUCUCUUGAGCUUGAUAGAGGGCAAUAUAUGUACAUGAUCCUCCAACUGCCAUGGAAUGGAUCAUUUCCCAUUUCUGUUUUUUCCUAUGAGCUCGGGGCAGUCUUUCAUCUGAUUAAGCACACAUUGGUUUCUGGGAAAUCAGCCAUGGUCUUGGUGAACACAUAUGUUCUCAAGAUGUACCACAUACUUUACAGUGAUACUCGGUCCAUCUGAAGGAGUAAAUUAAUAAUUUGCAGGUGGCAAUGUAGCACUCUUUAUCUGAUUUGCCAGCACCAACAUGCUUUACACCUACAGCCUUGCGAAAUAUUUGUCUAGCAUGGAGACAAGGAGGACUUCAGCAGAGGUUGUGGGUCUGUUAGUACAGGAGUUCCAAAAGAUAUAAUAGUUAUCUCCCCUUGUUCUUUAUGUACAUAGUGGAAUGUUGGCUCCAGAUAAAUAAACCUUAUUUUGACCCUUCUUGUUUUCCCCUCUGCACUGCACUGCCCAUUGUAGCAUUUGUUAAGCUCCUUUUAGUGUCUUUCUUUUUGAAAUGCCUUCUCCAAAGCCAAUACCUUCCUUAUUCAGAGUACAUUAGAUUUAACUGGCUUAUACUCAAGUGUAUUGAAAGAGAUGGUGUGUGUUUUUUCUUGUAUAGUCAGCAUGUGAUGGGGGGGGGAAUGUAAUGGUGGUCUAAUAAUACUUCUCCAAUCAUAAUAGCAGGGAAGAGCCAAAAUGGAACUACGAUUAGAACUGUAUUGUGAGAAAAUAACAACUUCUUGUUUGCCAUGUUUUUUUCUCUUGAUGUAUUGUACUGGCAUUCUCUUCUCUUAGAGCAAGAGGUUGUAUCAUCUGUUAGCUGCCUGCUGGGUCUCCUACACCCUCUUGUCUAUUUCUCUUUUGACUUCACCAGUUCUCUGCUGUCAUACUCGGUUGUCCACAGUGACUUAAACCUUAUGCUAAAACAAACAAUCCUUAUCAGACCACCAUUCCUCCCCAACCUUUGUUUCUGAAGCAGUGAGAGAGGGGUAAAUCACAAACAUGCACUUAACAAAUACACACUUCCUAUUACGGUUGCACAGAGGGUGUGACACAGUUGGUCCCCUACCCACAAUCCCCUUCACCUAAGCAAUAACGUCUGAAUUCUUGCCGGCUGCACUGUAGAAAGGUAGGUUUGUGAUAUGGCACAUUGAACAUGUUGAAGAAUGCAUGAUGUACUGAUUUUGAUGGCCAAAGAACCUGGCUGGAAACUCAAAUCUGGAUUAAAUAUUAAUUACACUGCACCAAA